GAAUUGAAGUUUGUAGGCUGCUCUGCGCAGUUUGUAUUGAAUUUUUUUUGAGGCGCAGGUGCUGUGAGAAAUUUAAAACAAAGAAAGGGUGAAGUGUAAAAGUACCUAAUUUCGCAAGGAAUCAGUGUGCUGCGGUGUAGGUUUAUGAUGAGGUGACAGUAAAUAACUUAAUUUUUUUUUUGCAUAGAAACGUCAAAAGGUAAAGCCAUAAAUUGGCCUGGAAUGGAUCGUUUCGGGGACAGUGGACCACCCUUCAUGCUGACUCCAGCGGACCGAUACCGGCAGACAAGCCUUCACGACAACUCCUCGGCCAUCAUGAAUUCCAUACCACAUGACAAUACUUGCAUCUCAGCCAAGUCUUCCCUGGGGAACAUGACGAGCUUGCUCCCGGACUUGACUAACCAGUUUCGCACUCUUGAUUUCACUUCGCCAGAUGACAGCCACGACAAAGGUUUUCUCUUAAUUGAUGGGAAAGAACAUCUGAAGGUGUCAUCAGCAGAGCAGUUUGUGUGUCGCCUGGGCUGCAACAAGGAGACCCGUGCGAAAGUGGUAUCUAUUUUUGGGAACACGGGCGAUGGGAAGUCGUUCACCCUGAACAACACCUUCUUUGGGGGACACGAGGUGUUCCGGACGUCGUCGGAGCAGGACUCGUGCACGAUGGGUGUGUGGGCGGCAUACGACCCGCAACUGGGGGUGGUGUGUCUCGAUACGGAGGGGAUGCUGGGAGUCACCACUCACGAGAACCAGCGCACCAGGCUCUUGUUGAAGGUGCUGGCUGUCUCCGACAUAGUGAUAUACCGCACGCGCUCCGAGCGCCUGCACAGUGACAUGUACACGUUCCUGGGGUCCGCGUCGCGGGCGUACUCGCACCACUUCCAGACGGCCUUGCAGUCGGUGUGGGAGAGGGGGGAGUUCGAUGGCCCCCUGUCGGCUCUCGGCCCCAGCGUCGUCGUCUUCCACGAGACCACCAACACGGACCCGCUGCCCACGAACAGAAUGGAAAGUGCAGAAGAUAUUCUUCGAAAACGGUUUGAAGACUUAAAGUGCAAGAUUGAUGCAUUUAGUUCUUUACGCUAUGUGGGUGUCAAGACGAGCUGUCCACCCACCAAUUUCUCAACACUGCAGUCUGCUGUAGAAAGCGAGUUGGAUAACACCACUGUGCGCUCUGCCAGACAACCUCACGUCAUCUACCAGACACUGAAGGUGCUAAACGAGAAGUUCAGUGGGGAAAUAGAAAACAAGAUGACGCUGCUGUUCCCAGACCAGUACUUCACGUGUCCCGUGGUGUGCCUGUCUUGCGACCGGCGCUGCAGCGGGAGCAUGGGGCACCUGAGAGAGGGCGUGGAGCACUACUUGGAGGCCAAAUGCAGGUACCAACACCAAUUUGAGAAUUGCACUUAUAUCUGCAAAUCAUGCCACAACAGUGGGCGAGAACAGCGGGUUGUGCCUAGGUUGACAUCUUCCUCGGACACAUCCUGGCUUGGUCUAGCAAGAUUUGCGUGGUCAGGAUAUGUGAUAGAGUGCCCACGAUGUGGCGAGAUCUACCGCAGCCGCCAGCAUUGGUACGGAAACAAGAACCCGGAAGACUCCGCUGUCCGUAAAGAGAUACAGCAUGUUUGGCCUGGGAGGAACGUCCCUCUGUCCAGUUCACAGAACGCUGCUCAGAGAGUGUUGGAUGGAGUUACAUACAUAUCUGAGGCUGUAUCGAGUGUUAGUGUUCCACCCACUCGUGUUCUUUCAUCGUGGGUCGCCGAUCAGAUUGCUCCCAAGUAUUGGAAACCUAACAAUCAAAUUAAGCAUUGUCACAACUGCAAGGAGCUGUUCCCGCUGACUGCAACCAAGCAUCAUUGUCGCCUGUGUGGCGAGGGCUUCUGCGAAGACUGCUCCUCCAAGACGGCCGUGGUUCCCGACAGAGGCUGGCACUCCCCAGUCAGAGUCUGCGACACGUGUUACAACCACUUUCCAGGUUUUAUCGGAAGAGAGCGCAUUCUAAAGAUGCUUCCCCCACCACCGGCGAGCUCAUUCUCCUCCUGCGCUCUGUGGGGGUAAUAAAUUGGCAGGUAUGUUAAGUUCGCGUUCCUUCCGUUCCUGGAACCGCUCGAAGGGAAACUAUACCUUCACCUUGUCACACCUUUACCUAGAUUCCUGAUUCACAAAGCGCCCAUUCAUUUUGAUCAUACAGAGUUUUUGUCAGCUAUCCUAUUCUGUGCUUUGUUUUUCACUACUGAGUGUGCGGGUAAUGAAUGAGAAUAGAAGGAAAACAAAAUGUCUGAAUCUCUAAAAGGGAAGUCGUUGUUUAUAGUCGUUGGUCGACUAAAGGUACACGGCAAUUGAAAAUGUCGACAAAACUGAAAAAACGUUGGCCAAAUAAGAAUUUACUGGAUUCUUGCAAGAGACGAAGGUUAGCUAUAAUACGGUUACGUAAAAUAAACGUGCAAGUAUCAAGACUUAUAAGCGGCAAAAAUGUAACCGCUAUUCCAAUUUUCCAGGUUGUCAGAUGAAGCAAACACAGCUCAUGGUAGACCCAAAUGUACAGCUGUGAAAACAAACGAACUCGUGGAAAUCCGAACGACUUACGUUAAUUCGUCUCAAUACUCUCCAGCGUCAGAGACGAACGAACUCAAUGAAGAACAAGACAACUGCGCAAAUAAAACGUAUUUACAAGGCAAUUUUUAGUUAGAUUUUGUGUGAUGUAAAACUAAUUAACUUUUUUAUGCUUAGCCAAAACCAAAAUGUUGAUGCAAGUUUUAGACUACUCUGGGCCUCCCCCCUCGUUACGCCAGCGCCACCACCUAAAAGUCAAUCGGUGAUAGCGUUCGUCUUCCACCAAGGCAAUCGGGUUUAGAUUCUUGGCGCGGAAGUUUCGCUACUAGAAUAAUUUUUCCUAUUCACGAUUAUCGGUUAUCUUCCAUUUUCCCCGCUCUUGCAUAAUGUGGCUACUCCACAUUCACAUAAUUUUGUCCACAUCGGUUGUGUGCAGCUGCCGAAAUAUUUAAAUGAUCAACAUAUGAGUUAACGACACUGCGUGGUAUAAUGUAAUUUUACCAUACUAACUUUUGCAAGAAAUAGCAACCUAUUAAAUAAAUAGCAUCACUGAGAGAAACGUUUAAUUGUAAAUACUAACUAUAGCUAUAUUUUUUUCCACUAAACAAGACUGUCUUCCCUAUUCUAACCUGCUCUGUUCAUUCCCGUGAAACAAACAAUAAACAUAUUUUAAAAAAUACUGCUGUUCAGUUUUAUUUUGUAAUCCGCUGUGUAUAAGUAGCUUAGCCCAACUGGAAAUCUUGUCCAAAAGUCGUGGUAAUCAAGUUAAGUGCUGUAUAGUCAAAUUAGCAGUUUGAACAAAUGAACGUAGGGUUAAUUAGAACAAUGUAAUUUUAAAAUUUAAAUGACAACAAAAUCGGAUUUGUGAGCAAUGAUAUACUGUUUGUUAGCUAUGUCAUAAUUUAUGAUGGUAUAAAGUAAGUACAGGAUGAGAAUAUAUUUUUUAAUUCUAACAAUGGUAAAAUUGUGAAACUAAGUGUGAGCAUUUUUGGAUUUUAUAAUAGGUAUAGUCGAUACAAACAACAAAAAAUUACAAAAUUUUAACGACUAAAGUGUAGCUGCAUAAACGAUCUACAAAGGGGGGGGGGGGGGGAAUUUACACUAUGACUCGGUAAAAGACGAAAUAUACACCACAAUAGAAAUGCAUAUCCGUUAUUUUUAAUCUAAAAUGGACAGCUUGGCAGGUUACCAAUUUUGCAACAUGACUUUUAUAUUUAUUAUGAUAUGCUCUUUUAUAUCGUCAAAUUAUUAUUAAAGCACUAUUUAAACGUUAAGUGCUUUUUACUAGAAAAAAUAUUAAUUCAAUUAUGUAUCUCUCUCUGUGAAUUUCCGUUACAAUGGUUUGCACUGCAUGUACAAUUAUUUUGUUGCAAUUGAAAUUGAACUAUUACUAUAUCACCGGCUUAGGUUUCGUACUAGUUAACAUAAUAACAUAAUGCAUGUAAAAUAAUUGAGUGCUCUAUUGAUUGUAAAUAAUUGCGGAAUAAAAAAAAGUAUUAUUUAGAUACGUAUACAGUUUGUGGUGUUUUUUAAUGGGGAGAGCCUUGAAUUUCUAAUUCUGUACCUUACGGUAUUACUUUCCAUAGUGUAUGUAUUUGUAUUGAAUUUAUUACAGUGUUCCUUUACUUUCUUUGAAAACUGAACACAAUGAAGCGUUUCUGUCGAAUUUUUUUAGGUUCAUUGUCAUUAAAAGUAUAAGUUAAAUUAUUUUCAGUUUUAACACGACACCAACGAAUCUUAAAAUACAGAGUAGGAACUGAGAUAUGCUGUGAGAAUUAAUGUAAACAAUGAUUUUGUUUCUGUCAACAAAAUUGCAGGCAGGUGAGUUUUAAUAUGUACAAUACCAAAUAAAAUAUUUAGUUGCUACAUUGAGAUAGUUUUUUUGUUACUUUAAUUUGUUUGUCUGAAAAUUUUUUUAUAGAGGUGUAAAGGUUUGCUAGACUGCAAACAAUUCCCAUGAUUAAAUAUUAUAAUUAGAUGAAACGAGCACUAAUCAUAACAAUUAACAGCGUAUAAUUACACUGUUAUUGUUAUGUAAAGUACUGUUUCGUAUUACGAAUGAAACAGUAUUUUACCUAUCUCAAACAGCUCGCUAAACCUCUGAAGAACUUGCCAAGCAUCAUAUCUACGAUCCUAUGCUUGAGAUACACUGCAUUUGCAAUCAUGUUUACAAUAUGUGUGAACAUUAUUACUAACUUAUUUAUCGAAUGGUUUGCAGUUCGUGAUUCUUCAGAUUCCAUGUUUACGUCAAAUGUUUUGCUACAUAUUGAAACAAAUUAAUUUGAUAUGUUUUGUCAUGAAAUUCAAUGACGAACACUUACCGCACCAGAACUUAACUAACUUUUGAGAUAUGGAUCCCUGUCAAGGUACACACAAUAGCCUGCACAUUUCCAACCUAAUUGAUAGGAUGUCUGUGUGAGUUUAUUAGGAAAAUAAAUAUGAAAAUAGGUAGUUUGGUUAAUUACAUUUAAUUGUAUAUAAUGGUCAAUCAAGUCUUUAAAUCUGUUUUCAGUUUCAGGGCGAGUACAGAUCAAAGCCUGCCUACAACCUACUGCUUAUAGUACAACAGACGCAGCCGACAAGUACUCUUACGAUACAGUACAAAAAUGCCAGUUUACUACUCUGCCUACCACAGACAGCUGCAGAUAAAAAUGAAUGCACGUAAAAACAACUGGUUUUGUUUCUGAUACAAAUGCUUAAGUAAUUAUUGUUUCAGGUAUUCACACGAUUAUUUCCUACAAGUUAGACAUUAACUUCAGUUCAUACUUUCAUUUUAUCAAUUUUAUUUUAUGUAUAUUAAAUACCUAGCGAUGAUAUCGGAGCAAUUAAAUAGUCCGCACGAAUAUGAGCUGCAAAGCAUGUUUUAAGAUAAUUAAUUAAAUAAAUAAAUAAUUUUAUCGAUGUUAAUUAAACAUUUAUUUCAAAACUGGUACACAUUUUGUGUACGAUAAAUGCUCACUGACAGUUUACCAGUAGUUUGCAAGUAAACGCUCCACGGUCAGCUUAUUGACGUCACUGGCCUAUGAACAAGGGAUGACUCCGCGUCUCCGCCUGUUCAAGGGACAGAGGAAGAGCGAGUCCACGCCACCCACGCCAAAUACCACACGGCCUCCUUCGCAACCCCCCUUCCCGCGCUCCGAAAGAAUAACCGGUUUGGGGUGGCAAACAGCGACUCCGUCCACCACCCCCGGUGGCUAGUAGUGGGGGUAGCUAAGAGUUCGGGUUUUCCACUUCCCCUCGCACCACGUGUCUCAGACACUGCGACAGCUUGCUAACGUGUGUCCGGAUGUCCCACCUUAAAGGAUGGAAAUCUUUUGAUGUAUGCAGAGAAAUGAACAGGCGGGAAUUACUGGUUGUUGGGAAGGGGAAACUCUCUCUGCAUUAUCAUGGAUAGAUGUUGUAUCAUCUGUUUGAACGCCCUUAAAUUAAAUGACUAAAUCUAUUAGUUUUAUUUAUACUUAUUGGGCAGUGUUUUUUUUUAAUCACAACUUUCAAAGUGAAAAAUGUUUAGAUGACCAAAAUUUACAUUCACAACUGAAAA